GUGGGGACUCUGCGCCCUCCCCCCCCCUCGCAAAGCCUCUCGCAGACGGAAACCAGGAACUCCAAGCGAUCUUCACUUUGGAUGAAAUGAAUUUUAAUGCGGAGGAAAGCAAAGUUUUACAUUUAGGCAGCAAAAAUCCAGGGUGUGUGUGCAGAGGAGGCGAGACCUGGGCUCAAAAACAGUACCUGCGAGAAGGACCUUGGAGUCUUGGUGGACGAUCGUUUGACCAGGAACCACUCUCUUGAGCUUGCUUGUUUUCUUGCAGACGUUUCAUUACCCUAACUAGGAGACCAGUGAGGAUGGGGCCAUGAGGUCCGUAGAGAAGGGGUGUUCUUGGAUCGGGACCUACCAACCUUUGGCCAGGAUUCCGUUCCAGAGAAUUUGGAAAUUGUGGCCGAGUUGGAGAAGCAGCUUCCUGCACAAAGGAUCAAUCGAUUAAGGAGAAAUCAGCAGUGACGGUUAUCCUUGGCCUUGACUCAGUGGGGAAACAAGUGACCCAGAGACCUCUUGGUUACAACUUUAAAGAUAAAAGAUUGUGACCAAAGAUUUACCUGCGAGCCAACUAUCUACAGACAGUAGAUAUUCAGCGCAAGGUAGCCAGCACCAGAAAGGAUGGAGCUUGGGAAACUCUCGGAUCCCCCGUCAGACACAAGCAGCACUCCGAAAAACCACGAAAGAACCCAUGAAUGCGCAGAGUGUGGGAAAUCCUUUGCUCGCCGGUCCCUCCUUUUGACCCACAGGAAGAUCCAUGUGGGAAGCGGAUCCAGUCAAAGUUUGGAGGGUGAGAAAUCCUUCUCUGGAAAACACAUGAAAGAUCUCAGAAGCCCCCUCAGACUAAAACCUCAUAAAUGUGAGGAAUGUGACUUAUGCUUUGGUCAAAAGUCACACCUUGUUACGCAUCAGAAAAUCCACACUGGAGAGAAACCCUAUCAAUGUCUGGAAUGUGGGAAAAGUUUCCGUCAAAAAGGCCAUCUGGGGAACCAUGAGAGAAUUCACACAGGGGAGAAACCUUACAAGUGUUGGGAAUGUGGGAGGAGCUUUUCUCGGCGUUCAUAUCUUUGGAUCCAUGAGAAGGCUCAUGCAGGAAUAAAACCUUACAAAUGCUUUGAGUGUGGGAAAUGUUUCACCCAGGGUUCAACUCUUCGAACUCAUGCGAAAACACACAGAGGGGAGAAAAAUGAGAAGUGCCUCGAAUGCGGGAAAUGUUUUUCCAGAAAAUCAUAUCUGGUAGAACAUCAGAGACUUCACACGGGAGAGAGACCCCAUAAAUGCCCAGAAUGUGAGAAACGAUUUAUGUAUUCUUCUGAACUUCGGACGCACCAGAAGAGGCACAAAGGAGAGAAACCCUAUCAAUGUGGGGAGUGUGGGAAAAAUUUUCUUACACGAAGUGAGUGUCAGAGUCACGAGAGAGUUCACACAGGGGAGAAGCCGUACAAGUGUGGGGAGUGUGGGAAAUGCUUUACCAAAAAAGAAAACCUUGGAAUCCAUGAGAUACUCCACACAGGAGAGAAGCCGUACAAGUGCAUGGAAUGUGGAAAAUGUUUUGCUCUAAAGGCAUACCUUUGGAGACAUCAUAAAACCCACACAGGGGAGAAGCCAUAUCAAUGCAUUGAAUGUGGAAGAUUUUAUUCUUCCACAUCAGCCCUUAGAAGUCAUGUGAAAAUUCACACGGGGGAAAAAAACUACAAAUGUUUAGACUGUGGGAGAGCAUUUGCUCGGUCAUGUCACCUUACAAGUCACAGCCGAAUCCAUACAGGAGAGAAACCAUAAAUGCUCAGAGUGUGAUAAAUGUUUUUCAUGGAAAGAUACUCUUGUAUUACAUCAGCAAAUCCACACCGGAGAGAACAUAUAAAUGUCUGAAGUGUGCGAAAUGUUUUGCCCAAUCUUCAGCAUUUCGCAUGCACAUCAAAAGUCACACAGGAGAAUGGCCUUACAAGUGUGUAGAGAAAACUUUUCACUGUAAAUCACAACUAAAAAUGUAUCAGAAAAUCCAUAGCAGAGAUAAACCUCUUCAGUUGUAAACAAUGUGGGAAAACCUUUUUUUUUUUUUUUUCAAAAGUCACAUCUUACAAUUUACCAGGAAUUUUACUCAGUGAGAGAGACGAAAACCUACAAUUGUUUGGCCUUGGGGAAAAUGUUUUUCCUAGUCAAGUAACCUCAAAUCCCAUCAGUGUACACCGUGAGGGACAAGGCUGUAAAUGUUGGGAGUGUGAGGUUCACAAAGUGGCAUUAGUAUAUUACCAGAGUGAUUACACAAGAAGUUAUAAGUGUGUGGGGAGAAUAUGUAAUGUUUUGCAGAGUAUAGGUAGUCCUCAACUUAGACCACAACUGGGAAUGGAUUUCCGGUCAUAAAUUGCUACAGUCAUAAGGCAAGGCAUCCAGAUGUUUUUGUUAAUUCUUAUUAGGACUUUGCUGAGAUGAGAAAAGGAGGGAGGGGUGGAACAAAUGUACAUCUGAUUAUUUUAUUUAUUUAGUGAUAAAAGUGUUGAUGUUGAAUGUAUGCUGGCUGAGAAAGAAAAGGGGAAAAUUUUCUUAC